AUGGAUGACAUUUUCACGCAGUGCCGGGAAGGGAACGCGGUGGCAGUACGUUUAUGGUUGGAUAAUACAGAGAAUGACUUGAACCAGGGCGAUGACCACGGCUUCAGCCCCCUGCACUGGGCCUGUCGUGAGGGCCGCAGUAACAUUGUUGACAUGCUGAUCAUGAGAGGAGCGCGGAUCAAUGUCAUGAACCGCGGGGAUGAUACACCCCUCCACCUGGCUGCCAGCCACGGCCACCGGGACAUCGUGCAGAAGCUCAUUCAGCACAAGGCGGAUGUCAAUGCUGUUAACGAGCAUGGAAAUUCUCCCCUGCACUAUGCCUGUUUCUGGGGGCAGGAUGACGUCGCCGAGGAUCUGGUGAAUAAUAAUGGACUGAUCUAUAUCUGUAAUAAAUACGGAGAGACCCCUCUGGACAAGGCUAAACCUCACCUAAGAGAGCUUCUGCGGGACCGGGCUGAGAAGAUGGGCCAGAGUAUGAGCAGAAUUCCCUACAAGGACACUUUCUGGAAAGGAACCACCAGAACCCGGCCACGUAAUGGUACUCUUAACAAGCAAGCAGGCAUUGACUUCAAGCAGUUGACCCUCAGCCACAAACUCAACGACAACCAGUCUGGAGAGUUAUGGAAGGGCCGCUGGCAGGGCAAUGACAUUGUCAUCAAGGUCCUGAAAAUACGCGACUGGACUACAAGGAAGAGCCGCGACUUUAAUGAAGAGUAUCCCAAACUGAGGAUAUUCUCUCACCCCAAUGUCCUUCCAGUUCUGGGUGCAUGUCAGUCUCCACCCGCCCCUCAUCCUGUGCUCAUCACCCAUUGGAUGCCCUACGGAUCUCUGUACAAUGUUCUGCAUGAGGGAACCAACUUGGUGGUUGACCAGUGCCAGGCAGUCAAGUUUGCCUUGGACAUUGCCUGUGGCAUGGCGUUUCUUCACACGUUGGAGCCUCUUAUUCCUCGCCAUUACUUGAACAGCCGUAGUGUCAUGAUUGAUGAAGAUAUGACGGCUCGUGUCAGUAUGGCGGAUGUAAAGCUUUCUUUCCAGUGCCCAGGCCGUAUGUACUCUCCAGCCUGGGUUGCACCAGAAGCCCUACAGAAACGUCCUGAGGACAUCAACCGCCGUUCUGCCGACAUGUGGAGCUUUGCUGUCCUGCUCUGGGAGCUGGUGACCCGAGAGGUGCCUUUUGCAGAUCUCUCUAACAUGGAGAUUGGGAUGAAGGUGUCAUUGGAAGGCCUGCGCCCCACCAUUCCUCCUGGAAUCUCUCCACAUAUCUGUAAACUUAUGAAGAUCUGUAUGAAUGAGGAUCCUGCCAAGAGGCCAAAGUUUGACAUGAUCGUUCCCAUCUUAGAGAAGAUGCAAGAUAAAUAA